AUGAACUUUGUCAAUUACUUCCUGCCCAUCCAGACUAAGAGUAAAACGGAUGUUAUUUCUUGCCUUCUUUUCCCCCCAGCAGGCAUUUACCCAGUGGAUAUUUUGGAAGAUGACCCCGAAGGAAAUUGUGAAGCAGCUCUGGCUUACUAUGCCAUGCUGGCAGAAGGAGGGAGGCCAUCCCCAGAGGUUUUCUCUCUUCCCACUGGGGAGCAGGUUAAACUUGAAGCUGCAUCUGUUUGCUUCUGCACUGUGCACCGGGAUGAACCUCAACAUAAAAUACUGGUCUUGGUUAAUCCCCAGGACACGAAGACAGUUGUGGCUGUUUACGUAAAGGGGUCCUGGUGGGCCACCGAAGAUGUACUAAGGACCUCUGAUCCAGCGAGAGAAGGUCUGAUGAAGGUUCAGUCAUUUGGGGAAAGGAUUGUCCUUUUCAUUCUCAAUGUCAUUGUUUUUGGAAGACUGGAGAGAAAUUUGGAUGAUGAUGGCAUGUUUUUUUUACCUCACUCUGUGAAGGAGCAUGCGAAAAUUCUGUGGCGAGGCGGAGCAGCGGUUGGAUUUUACACAGUCAAACCCAAAGGCAGCCUGUGUGGUGACGCCGUGGGUGCGUGCUACUUGCUGCCCGUCUUUGACACCGUGUUCAUCAGGAGGAGAUACCGUCGCCAAGGCCUGGGCACAGCCAUGCUGCAGGACUUCUGUGAGACAUUCCAGGAGGACAAGGCACUGGGGGUCAGUUGGCCAGUUUCUCCUGCCAUGUACCAAGUCUGCAGGAAGUUCCUGGGGGCGCAUCCGGAGGAGCGGGGGCGCCUGUGGGAGGUGGAGCCCCCGGGAGCCUGGGGCCAGCGAGACAGCAUGUGGCUGAAAGUUCAGCCUCAUCAGUCAAGACUUUCGGACUGAAAAGAUCCGUGGAGAAGACCUGGAAAAGACGAAGAACGAUCAGGACUGUGGAGUAGAAGCCGCAGCGGGGCGGCUUGGGCGAGCCUGCGGGGCUGAGCUGGAGCGGAAGGAAGCCGAGCGGACAGCGGGGGGUGCCGGGCUGGCCGGCGAGGCGUGGCGGGAGCCCCCGAGGGCCAGCUCCUAACUGCGGGAGGCGCAGCUGAGCCUCGUCCGGAGGCCUGUCUGGGCCCCGGGGCACGUGGCUUCCAGAGCUGCCUGUGGCAGUCCACGCAUGAGUGGCUGGCCGCUGGCUUCUGCCCUUGCUGUGCUGUCUUUGAGGAGCGGACUGCACAGACCCCGCCUCCCUCGGCCUUGUGGUCUGGGCUCAGGCGAUAGAAAGUCUGAGAAGGUGCUUCCGUCACCAAGCCAGAUGCUGUGCAGGUGCAAGUAAUUGUGCUCCCAAGCUGGGCUGCAGAAGCUCCUUCGUUGGACCUAGUCUGCUUUCUGGUGUUCAGGACGACUUCCACCAGAACCACACCGAGAUACUUCUCUCUUUAGGAAGCUUGGCGAAGGGCCCCGUGCAUCUCGUUCUGCACUGCAGAACCGGGCUCACGUCUGCCCGCGCUGGCCCUGUUGUAACCAAUAGACCGCAGGCAUCUCUGAGAUGCUCUUCUGGAGAAGCUUCAUCCAUGUCAGAAGCUCCCUGAGGGAAGGGGCCGGGGCUGCCUGGUACCCACCGUGGGCUUCUUGCUACUGUGUGACCUGCAGAGACCUUACAGAGAGGCCCCCAGGCGUGUGUCCGGAUCUCAGCUGUCAAUCACCUAAUCCGGAAGGGAGGCUGCAGGGCGGGGCUUCGGGCUGAUGACCAAGGAGUGGUGUGUCUAGUGCAGUGGUGCUUGAGUACAAAGGCUUGUGCCAGGAAAGGUGACUAUAGAGGUGGCAGCCUGACCCAAAUGUGACAUUGGCCUCCCCUUCCUCAAAUACCUACCUAGCCAUGCUCUCUUCCUGCCUCUGUCAUACGCAAAACCUGUCCAUCAGCCUCAUUCCUAU